UUCCAAAAUAAAAAGGAAUUAAUUAAAAUUUAACAAAUUUUGAGGAAUUAAUUUUGUCUGGCAUAUUUGUUAUUUUUUUGUAAGAUACAUUAGUAAUUUUCAUAUUAAUGUUACUAAUAGUUCAACAGAAAUGAAACAAGAAUUUAUAAAGUGUUAUUUGAAGUGUACUUUUACUGCAUUACAGCAUCAGGUGGGUCAGCGGAUGAUGUAGAACUUUUAUUUUGAAGGAUUUAGCCGGAAGCAGUUGGUCUUAUUUUAACACACGUGCUGGACUCACCUUUGCGCUCAUUAACCAGCAACAGCUCGCGCGCGUUGCACGAGCACGGCGCGUGUCCGCCGGUAUAAAACAGAAGCUCCAGGUUGAGACAAAAGGAUUUGUUGAGUGAGGACGCCGAGGAAAACAGCGAGCCAUGAAUAGAGUGUCUAAAACCCAUGUUCUUCCCGGGCAUGGGCACAGCCCCUUUCUUUAAAGUGACUGUGUUUGAGCUAGAGCACUUCCAGGGCAAGUGUCUGGAGUUCACCUACGAAUGCUGCAACAUUCACGACUGUGGCAUGGACAACAUCCGCUCCAUCCGAGUGGAGAGUGGAGCCUGGGUAGGUUUUGAGCACCAUGACUUCCAAGGCCAGCAGUUCAUACUGGAGAGGGGUGAAUACCACUGGGAAGCCUACGCUGGUUCGCUGUCCUACCACACUGAGCGCUUCAUGUCCUUUCGGCCCAUUUAUUGUGCUUCUCACCAAAGCAGCCGUAUGAUGAUUUUCGAAAGAGAGAACUUCGUGGGCCGCUGCAGCGAGCUCUGCGAUGACUACCCAUCCCUGCAGGCCAUGGGCUGGUUCAUGCGUGAGGUGGGCUCCAUGCAUGUGCAGUGCGGAGCCUUUGUGUGCUACGGGUACCCGGGCUACAGGGGUCAGCAGUACAUCAUGGAGUGUGAGAGGCACAGCGGAGACUACCAGCACUGGAGGAACUGGGGCUCCCACUGCCAGACACCAAAGAUCCAGUCCAUCAGACGCAUCAGGCAUUGAGGAGCCACAGA